AUGCAGCCUGUUAGCAGAGAAUUUAGCGGCAUUAGCGGCGUUGGAUCGCUCCUCAACCAGCACCAAAUCUCGCCGCUCGCUGACUUCGUACCCGGGAUGCUGCCGGCGGAUCCCCAAUUCGAUCCGGCGGCCGCCGCCGCACACGGAGAUUUCCUCGAGCAGAUGCUCUCCUCCGCCGCCGGCGCCUUCCCCUGGGAGAGCGAACACGCGCCGCCGCUGCUGGAGGAACAGACGUCCGCAGCGUCGCUGGCGUCCAAGCUGCGGCAGCACCAGAUCAGCGGCGGCGCGGCCAGGGCGUUGAUGCUCCAGCAGCAGCUACUGAGCCUUGCCGGCGGAGGCGGCGGUCUCCACUGUAACGGCGGAGACGACGGAGCGCUGUUCUCCAUGCCCAACGGCGACCAAAGCGAGGUCGUUGAUGGUAACUCCUUCAAAUCUAUUAACACGUUUCAGUCAAAUGAUGAAUCCAUUAAAGCUCUCUUCAAUGGCUUCACCGGAUCCAUCGGUCAGACUGCAAAUCAGCCUCAGCAGUUUCACCCUCCUCAGGCCCAGAGCUUUGGUGCCGCCGCCGGGGCUGUGGCGGCGACGGCCAUGAACCAACCAGCUUUGAGCGGCGGAGGAACAUCUUCUGCCGGAGGACAGCCGCGGCAGAGGGUGAGGGCUAGGAGAGGACAAGCAACUGACCCUCAUAGCAUAGCUGAAAGGUUACGGAGAGAGAGGAUUGCGGAGAGAAUGAAGGCGCUGCAGGAGCUCGUACCUAAUGCCAAUAAGGUCUUUCAACUUCUCCAUUAUAAUUAA